AAUUAUAUGUAAGGACAUCAUAUACAGUGGCAUACCAUUGGCUCAAGCCAAUUGUAUUUUGGAUCACAACAUAAAAAGAAUAUAAUCAAUAAUCAAUCAUCUCCUCCAGAUUUCAUAUUUACGCCUUUUAAACUGAUUCAUUAUUUUCUUCAUCUAAAACCCUUGAUUCCCCUCAGAUCUCUCCCUCACACCACAUCCAUGGCUUCUCGCCACCACCACUGUCAUCUCAAUCCUCUGCCCUGCACCACCACCAACCCAUGCUCCUGCAACUGCAAUUCCACUCCCUGCUGCAAUCACUCUCAGCCUCACCACCCAUCAACACCACAACUGGACCCUCUUCUUCAUCUCCUUGCCUCUUAUCUCCUCCAACAACACCCUCCUCAUCAACCCCAUCCUCAUUCUUCGCUCGCAGACACGCGACGGACCCAGAUGAGCGAUCCUCCAAAACAGCGGUUCCAUCAGCGGAGACAACAAUUUUUUCAACAAGAAGAUAAAUGCUGGCCCCGACAACAAAACCCUUUUGAUCUCUCUUCUCUUCUUCACCGGAUAAACGCUCUCGAGUCCUCUCUCCACCAUUUUUCUAUUUCCCCGGAUGAUCGUUGUGCAGCUCCGUGCUCGCUCAGGGACGUGGCGGCUCGUGUUAUUCAGACCCAUUUCCGUGCGUUUCUGGUUCGGAGAUCGAGAACCCUUAGACAGCUUAAAGAACUUGCGGUUGUCAAAUCCAGCUUCACUUCCCUCAAAUCUUCUGUUUCCAAUAAAACCCAUUUUGAUUUUGAAGCUGUCUCUCGAAAAGCCAUGGAGUUGCUUCUUAAGCUCGACUCUAUUCCGGGCGGUGAUCCAAUGAUCAGAGAUGGGAAAAGAUCCAUCAGCAGAGAUUUAAUCAGGUUUUUGGAGUUCAUUGAUGGGUUAGCCUCGAAAAGGCAUCAUCUUUUGUACAAAGCUGCUAAAAAUGUGAGAUAUGUUGAUAACAGCGGUAACAAGUCUAGGGUUUUGGGGACUAAUUAUGAUGGGGGCAGAAGAGAAAUAAUCGAGAAACUGAGGGGAAGAGUAGAAAAGAUUCGUGGGUUUUCUUGGGUUUCUAGAAAUGAGGAUGGCGAAGAAGAUGCAGAGAUUGAAGGGUUCCACCAAGUGAUGAGUGAUGAUGAAGAGAACCCUAGGAUUUCCAUUAGUGGAAAGAGUGGUCUUGCCAAAAAUGGAAAUAGGGUACCGGUCAAAGGACAUGGAGGGCCCUCUGGAGUGAAAAAAAGUGUGAGCUUUGCAGAGAAUGAAAACAUGUAUAGGGUUUUUUGCAACGCCUCAAGUGGAGAUGAUAAUUCUACCAAUUCUAUCAACGGUAGCGAUUUGAGUGAUGACCAUGGAGAGAUGUUGGAGAAUCAGUGCAGUGAAGUGGAAGUAAUGGGAGUUUUAGCUAAGGAGAGUGAGAAUGAUGAAGAACCUCAAAAAGGCGGUGGAGGGUCUCCACAGAGUAGUGAUGAAGAAAGAAGCCAUUGGAGGAACUUGAGCACUCUCAGUAGAAGAAGUGAAAUGAAGGGAGAGUUUCAGGUUCAAAAUGGUGGUUUAGUGUUUUCCGCUCCCUUGCCCGUGAAGAUGGAGACGAGAACCGAUUUGAAGAAACAGAGGAAGGCUGUGAAGAUUAUCACAUGAAAGGCCACAAGAGAUCAAGUUUUCCUAUUCUGCAAAAGAACAAAAUAAAAAGAAAGAAAAUUUUUGGUUGCUGGGUGAACGUUUUUUGGUGUCUCAGAUAUUGUCAUUGUUAGUAAAAGGUCGGCACUUUAGGCUUUUUUGCUCCCUCAGGAUCUGUAAACAAAUGCUCCUUGUGUUUUGUUUUCAGAGAUUAGAUUAGUCAGCCCGGUGAGUCAAUUCUGUAACUUGGUCUUGCAAUUCAUUGAUGUUAACUGAAAUUUGAACCAAUGAUUUCCUGCGAUUUGCAUCAUAAUAUUAGUUGGCCAGUAUUGACUCCUAUUA